GAUAUUUGGUGGUAGUAUGGGAACUUCUUUAGUCCAGUUUGUGUUGUAGCAGGACGGCCGCCAUAUCUCAACCAACUGGGGCACGGCUCGACAGGGAAAGCGCAGUUUUCCCGCUGCACCUGGCGAUUUCGCCGUUCAGCGUGGCCACAUAAGGCCGCUCUGGUGGGUCCAAGCAGGUGUAUACGUGGAAUUUCCUCCGGAUUACGAGAAACGGGUCACGUCGUUGUGCAACCCGGAAGUGACAAACUGCGUGGUGUCGUGUAGACCGAACGAACAGGACGUGUGGUCCAGAUUUUUGAACUCGUCUGAAAAAUCUUGCAUUCAUUCUCGCAGGUCAACCGGAAUCCCUCUGACAACGUAACCGGAAGAUGGAAGCUGGUGAGACUUUGUGAUUCCGUUUGUGACAGGUGACUGUGGAUUUUCUGACCUAACUUUUGCCGAGGUUUCAAACCCGAGUGCUUGGAUAUUUGGCAUGUCGCCGUCGUUCUUUUGCACGAGUCCAUUGGAUUCCUUGUUGUGGUCGUAUUUACCCGAUGGCGGUCGGUAAAACGUUGGUGACCCCUGUCGCAGUCUUCCAUUCCCUUUCUGGGCUUUCUGUCAGACUUGACAGUUCCUCUUCCCGCCCAGUGCGGGUCAGAUGGGACCCACUAUGAGCGGUGAGGCACGCGGGAAAACGGAGAACGGCUCAGGCGCUGGCCAUGUCAAAUCUAAACCAAGCCAGGGGUCGAGCAAGAUCCCCAGGCCUACCAAGGUAGCGUCCAAGUCGUCCUCUCCAGUGGCACAAACUAGUGCUCCAGCCAUUCCUUCCACGGAUGGGAAGUUAACUUCAGGAGGGACGAGCCCCAUCAACCCCAAAGCAAUGAAGAAAAGUGUCAGCUUCGAUAUAGACGGAGAGAAGGAGAUAACCAAGGGCAGCAAUGGCAGUAUGAAAAGUUUGAAUGAAACUCCCGUUGUGGAGACAGAGGUAGAAGGAAAGGAAGUGGAAGCAGGCUUGGGGCCAGGCCAGGGUAGCAGUGAAAAUUCUGUCAGGGAUACCAAAGAAAGAACUACCCUCGAAAACGGCGAAAAGGUUUUAAAUGGUGAUGUUGAUUCGGAAGCCAAGGAGAAACCCGGUUCUGAUGCAGACACAAAGUUGAGUGCGAAGGAAAGCAAAGAUGAAGAUCCGGAGAAAGAAAAGGUAGAUGGAGCUGUCGUAGAUGCAUCGAAGAGAGUAUCAAUAGAGGGACAAGAGGAUGAGGUUGAAGAUGUCAAAGCAAUAGCCUCGUCCCCUUCGGCACGUUUUCUGAAGUUCGAUUCCGAGGUCGGAAGAGGGUCCUUCAAAACUGUCUACAGAGGGCUGGACACUGAAACUGGAGUGGAGGUGGCCUGGUGCGAACUACAGAACAGCAAGUUGAACAAGACCGAGCGACAGAGGUUCCGUGAGGAGGCUGAGCUGCUGAAGGACCUGCAGCAUCCCAACAUCGUGCGCUUCUUCGACUACUGGGAGGUCACGGGCAAGAACAAGAAGUUCAUCGUGCUGGUCACCGAGCUGAUGACAUCCGGAACUCUGAAGACGUAUCUGAAGAGGUUCAAGACCAUCAAACCUAAGAUCAUGAAGAGCUGGUGCCGCCAGAUCCUGAAGGGUCUACACUUCCUGCACACGCGCUCCCCGCCAGUCAUCCACCGCGACCUCAAGUGUGACAACAUCUUCAUCACCGGCACCACGGGCUCCGUCAAGAUCGGAGACCUGGGGCUCGCCACCCUCAAGAACAAGUCCUUCGUUAAGAGUGUGAUUGGUACUCCAGAGUUCAUGGCUCCUGAGAUGUACGAGGAACACUAUGAUGAGAGUGUGGACGUGUAUGCCUUCGGAAUGUGCCUGCUGGAGAUGGCUACAUCAGAGUACCCUUACUCUGAGUGCCAGAACGCUGCCCAGAUCUACAGGAGGGUCACAAGUGGUGUGCGGCCGGAGAGUUUUCAAAAACUAGAGUCCCCAAUGCUGCGUGAGAUCAUUGAUGGCGGCACUCGACAGAGGAAGGAAGAAAGGUUUACCAUCAAGGAGUUGUUACAGCAUGAGUUCUUCGAUGAGUCCACGGGGAUGUACGUGGAGUUGGCUGUCCCCGCGGGCGAGCAGUCGGACUCCAACUACCAGCUGCGCCUGCGAGUGGAGGACCCCAAGAGGAGGAGGGACAAGCACAAGGACGACGAAGCCAUUGAGUUCAGCUUCGACGUACAGAAGGACAAGCCGGAAGACGUGGCAGCAGAAAUGGUAAAGUCAGGGUUUCUCCACGAGGAAGACCGCAUGGCGGUGACCAGGUCCAUCCGAGACCGCGUCGCUCAGAUCAAGGCCUCCAAGUACCGACUCAACAUCCAACAGGAGGACGAGAAAAGGAAACAGGAGGGGGAACACAACAAGAUGCAACAACAGCUCCAACAACAACAACAGCAGCAAACCUCCCAACAGCUCCAACAACAAUCCCAACAACAACAAGAGCCUUCAGAACAGCAGCAGCAGCAACAAAAGCAGCAGCUUCACCAGUCUCAGAUUCAGUCAGAUCAACAGCAGCAAGUUGGUCAGCAGAUGAUUCAGACCCAGGAGUCUGGCAUCCAAGCAGAGAGCAGAGACCAGGAGUCUUCACAGACUAACCUACCAGCUUGGACAGGUGAAGGCACGGCGCCCGAGAGCGGUGUGGGCUCGUCUCUAACGUCGGAGGUUUCGUCGCGUGACUCCAGCAUCCAUGGCUCGCAGUCGUACCACCAGCAGCAGCAGCAGCAGUACUUCAACCAACAGUACCAGCAGCACCAGUUCUACAGCCAGCCCCAGACAUCCACACCACCUCCACAGAACCAGCAGCAGACCUACCAGCCAUACCAGCAGGCGCAGUACCAGCAGCAACAGCUAGGGCAACAGUACCAGUCCAUGUCUGGCCAUUUCCCACCAGGACAGAUGCCACAGUACAUGAAGCAGUUGGAUGCCCGUAGACACACCGUCCCAAUGGGCCAGCCCAGCCAGGCCCACCCAUCCGCCAUCCCACCCACCCUGCACCAGUCCCUGUGUGUCACCAUGUCUGCGCCCGCCCAGACUACUCGGGUGUCCCCGGGGCCGCCCUACUCCUCCGCCGCCAUGUCCACACAGUCGGCGCCACUACAACAAGCCCACCCAUCCCUGUCUUCAACUUUGUCUGCCCCCGCACGGCUCAAUGGUGACAAGUCGGUACUGAUGGUGGGGCAGCCUGGUAUGGGGGUCCUCCCAACUUCCAUGGUGGUUCAGGAUCCAGCCAUGGCUGCCAUGCAGGUACCAUCGGUCAUUGUACAGGACUUGUCCUCUGCCAACAGCGUCAGUGUACAGCUGCUCUCGCCCCAUGUUCUGUCACCAUUCUCGUCUGCGAGUGUGAAUGUUCCGUCUCGUCCACCUUCACCCAUUGUCGACCAGCCUACUCUCCUAGUGGGCCAGCCUAGUGUUGCACUACCACCAACCAUGGUCGGUGUCCCAGCCUCUCUGCCAGGGGCCCAGGCCGCCUCUAUACCUGCACAGCCGGCACCCUCUCUCUCAGCACUCCCAGGAUCCUCUCUGUCAGCACUCCCAGCAUCCUCUCUGUCGGCUGUCCCGGUACCCUCUCUCCCGGGGCUCCCCGUGUCGGCUAUCCCAGGAGGCCCCGUACCAGAGACCAUUUCUCUGCCAUCCAGUCAGGCUGUCUUACAGUCUCCAGUAAUGCUAGGAGCGCCUCACCUCAGCAUGUCGUUGUCCAUGUCAGGGCUGUCAGGGAUCCCCCCGGGCCCGGCAGUCCACCCAGACUCGGCUACCCUGAGCGUGCCCGGCUCGCAAGCCUUGCAACACAGCAUUUCCCUGCCAGUGUCCAUGUAUGACUCGCCCAACAUGAGCCUAACCAGCCCCCAGGUCACCUCGCAGGUCGGUCUGCCUCUCUCACAACCAAUCACAGCCCCUCAGUAUUACCCCUACCCAAUCACUUCCCCCACCACCAACCCGCCUGUCGGGGCGUGGCCAGAGGAGGGCAGGCCCUUCGUACCCUUUCUGGGUAGCCCGAGCGAGGAGGAGAAGCGCUUUCUAGUGGGGUACUACUACGGCCACCAAAACUCGGUAACCCCGCCCGCUUCGCCCGAGAAAUCCAGUCCGAGUAGAGAGAGGAGGCCGUCCCUCUCCAUGUCUCCCGCGUUGCCGGCUGUCGCCGAAAACCCCGCCGAAGGAAACAGUCGAAUCAAAGCCAAAAAGGGAGCCGCCCGCCCUACGACUCUGUCUCUUCUUCCGUCCCCACCUCACUACCAAAUGUGCCAUCCCUCGCAGUCUCUUACCAUGCACAGUUACGGAAAUAUCAACAGUGACCAAAACAAGAUAAGACGCCAACCGUCCCUCCCUAUCAUGGCACUGAAUCAGGACGGCUCCCCGCCAUACUACCAACUGUACCACCCCCCUCUGUCUGCUCCACUACCCAUGCCGCAAAGCCCCACCAAGGACAACAACUUCCCACCUCAGCAAACUCAGGCUCAGGCAGCCACUGUCAGUUUGCUCCCCUACACGGGUGAACAUCCUCCCACUCCCUGGGCACUCAGCACAAGCCCACAAGGACAUGCACAGACACUUUCCCCACCGACUAAACAGGUGCAACCAACACCUGCCACCCCUCGGACACCUGCAUCUGCUUCAUCUGUAGGAAGCCCCCCCACAUAUUUCAUCUACCCACCCCCUCCUGGUGCCGGCAUUUACCCCCCUCACGUCUCGGCUAGAGAGGUCCCCCAAAUCGGAGACCAGGGUGUGCCUAUGGUGUCACCUCUGUGUGCACAGUCCCACCUAUCCACCGCACAGCCGUCCUCCAGUCCUCCUAUAGGAAGUGUGUAUCAGCCCACAGUGGUGCAGGAUGCCAUAACCACAGCCUUGAGUCUUACCGCCCUUCAGGAAGGGGAUAAGGCGCAGGCACAGGCGGCCUACAUGCAGUCCAUGGUGGCGGUUGCACCUCACCAGUCUUACUACCAGCCCCCGGUGGUCCUCAUGCCUGACCAGCCUGGGGGGAUGGUAUCCUCACAGCAGCUAGAUCAGGGGCAAGUGUACAUGUACCAACAGGCUCCUGGACAACAAGGGAUCGCUCCCCAGUCUGUCCCUCAGCAGUUUUACCCGUCUCAGGCCAGUGUGCCUGGUGGUCAGCAGCCCGCUGACCAGUCCAUGGGAACCGGUCAGUCGCAGCAGCUCGACCCCCAGGCUACACUGCCCAUGUACCAGCACCAGAUCCCAGGGGCUACGCAACCAGGCCAGUCGCUGGGCCAACAAGCGUACCAGGCAAAUGUGGCCCCCACUGCGUCUUUACAACAGCAUGAGCAGACGUCAGGUAUGGUGGGCAGCAGCCAGCAGCAGGUGGCCGCCACAGGGGCGGCAACAACCCCGCCAAUCAACCUGCCGAUCUUCACCCAACAGCCUCACACUUCUUCAGGCUACUCCUCGUCCCCAGUUUCUGACCAAUCUACUCAGACCUCCCCCACACAAUCGCAGGAACAGAAACAAGACGUUUGGCAAGGGGACCAAGGUGGAAAACCCCACUCUCCCGGUCUGGAAGACAAGGCACAGACAGAGCAAAUACACGCACAAGGGACAACCAAGGAAGGACAUAUUUCUGAUGCUGACAAGAGUGACAAGGAAGGAAAGAAAGAUGGUAAAAAAGUGGCCAGGAGUAAGUCCAAGAGAAAGCACGAGCGCCCGCCCAAACUCAGCAUCACCAAGAUCGAGGAGGGUGGGCUGGUGGAGUGCCAGUUCGAGACUCACAAGCAGAAGACGGUGACCUUCAGAUUCGAGUCAGACGAAGUGGAUCCAGAGGAAAUAGCAGACAACAUGAGGGAAGAAAAGCACCUUCUGGAACACUACGUGGAGGUCUUCAAAGAACAGAUCCGAGAAGUAGCCAAGAUUGCCAAAGAAAAGGGACCCACGGAUGAGCCCAUUGUACUUAAGAGUCCUCGGAUUGCCAGGAAAUUUACCAAAAAGGCACAUGACGUAGAAGGGGGUCCAGUUAUCAAGUGCACCAUAAUCAGCCUGGAGCAGGAGCAGCAGGUGGUGGAGUGUCAGUGUGACACCAGCCGGACAUCCAUCACAUUCAAGUUCAAUGUAGAGGACGACUCACCGGAGGAAAUGACAGACAACAUGGUUAAAGAGGGUCUGAUCCUGGAGCAACAUUCCGGCCUCUUCAAAGAGCAAAUAUGUGACAUCAUCAAGACUGUGAAAGAAGCUGAAUCGUCUGAGAAGCCGCUGGCCUUACCCUACGUGCCGCCUGCCGGGCGCAGGAGAUCAGCCUCACAAAGUGCGGAGGAAAAGGGCACACAGCCUCAACAGAAGUUACAGCUUGAGGAGCAGCCGCCUGUUCAGCCUGAAGCACCAAAGAGUCCCUCUCCCCAGCCUCAAACCCAGGCUCCUGCGCAGGCCCCCGCUGAGCCUCCCAAGCAGGGCUCCCCUGUUCACCAGGCCCCUGUCCCGCCCACAUCUGUGCCUGUUCACGGUGUCCUCCCGCAGACUGUUAUGUCGGCCAAGGUUGCACCGUCACCCCAGGUUGUACCACCUGCCCAGGUUGUACCACCUCCGCAGGCCAUGCAGCCUCCACAGGGCAUGCAGCCUCCCCAGGGCAUGCAGCCUCCCCAGGGCAUGCAGCCUAGCCAGGCUGUACCAACUCCCCAGGUUGUUCCGCCACAGACGGUCAUGCCGACCCAAGGUGUCCACGGACAGAGCUUGCCUCCUGGAGUGUCACCACAAAAUGUCUACAUGCACAGUCAGAACCUCCCAGGAAUGCCCAUGGCACCACACCCUGGAAUGCCCUUACAACCAGGAGCCCAGAUGCCCCCACAAGCCGCAGCUGAACAGCCAGAGGCCCCCACCGUGGUGGGGAGAUUUGCUGUGAGUUCCACAUCAGAAGAUCAGAAGCCGGAGUCCCAACCUGUCCAGCCAACAAAGCCUCAAGGGCACGUCGCCGCUCAUAAGGAGGAAGCAGCGAAGAGCCCCGAAUCCUUGGACAAUGCGUUGAAGGGAAUCAUGAAGCCAGCAGAUGCGUCAGGGCAAACCUUGCAGACAAUCAGCACCCAGACGUCACCUCAAGAGCCGACAGGGCCUUCUGUACCCGACCAGUCCUCAUCCCAGGCUUCACAGGGACAGGGAACUGUUCCCCAGGGCAAGCCGCCAAUGCAAAAGCGUCCCAGUGUGGAGGUACCUCCAACGAAGGUACAAGGACAAGAUGUUGGUAAGCCUCCGAGUGGGGACACGCAGCCACAGGCUUCUGUACCUGCACCAGGGGAAUCCAAGGUGCCAUCAGGCGUAGCCGGAACACCUGCUGUAGCUGGCCAGCGGCAGGCAGCUGCUCAGCCACCUGCACCACGUCAGGGUCCACCAGGCACACCGGCUAAAAGUGUAUCUCCACCCAUACAGCAAGUGCCAGCUGAGGAAUCUGCAGGGUCCCAGGCUGUCCCCAUGCAGGGUGUACCCGCCAGCCAGCCUCAAAUGGGCCAUCCUUCAUCCUCAACACAAGGCCAAAUGUUACAGCAGCCUCCAGCCAGCUCAAAACCAGCCAGCUUGAGUCCUACUCCUCCCGUCCCAGUAAAACUGGAAGAGAAGCACAAGAUCCCCAGACCAGGAGACAUCGAAGACUUAAAGAUGAAGCUACAGGAACUAGCCAAGCAGGGCAGCAAGCCGACAGUGGUGGCAGGAGUCCCCAGUGAAACCCCUACCCCUAGUGCUGUAUCUGCCACCGGGGAGGCUCCACAGCCCAGCAUGCCCUCUGUUCCCGGUGGAGGGGCUGCUCCGGUAACUGUGGGACAGAUGCAGGGGUCAGCAUUUGAGCCUGUACCGUCGUCAGCCUCGACUCAACCAACAACCUUUGUGACGACGACCUCUGCCAAACCACAGGGAACAGUCACAGUCCAGACCACUCCCAGCGCAGGAGAGUCAGCAGAGACCACCCCGUCCGAGGCGGUCACGGGCAGAUUCCAAGUGACAUCUGUACAAGGGGAGACACAGGAGGGCACGUCUGCGAGCGUCAGCGCACCGGCUGGAUCCAGUUCCAGCCCAGGACUGGAAGAAAGGAGGGGUUCGGUGGACCACCCUGCCGUCACAACCAUCCGAUCGGAUGCCGGUUUCGGCUCGCCGAUUCCGAUAUCCGGAUCCCCGGUGCAGCCGUCCACCACCCAGCCUCAACCAGUGCCAACCAUACCCGUCUCUUCCUCCAUGCCAGCUGAGAACCAGAUGCUUCAGCAGCAGUACAUGCAACCUCAGAUCCCCAUGCCCGGACACAUGUACCCGAUGUAUAACCAGUACCCCAUGGGGAUGUAUCCGUACGGCCAGCUACCCUACCCCAUGCCGACGUCAGGGCAGCAGGGCAUUAUGGUGCCUGGGUCACUCCCAGGACAGGGACCUGUGACCAUGGCGGCACCACUCCCUAUUCAACCCCAACAUCAGUACAUGACCGGCCCUGUGGCGGGACAGACGCCCAUGCAGAUCCCAGGUAGCAUGCCUCCCGGUAUGGGUCCGAUCCCAGCCGUCUCACAACUCACCCCCAGUUCUGGCACCAACGGUAAGGUUGGUCGGUUCCUCGUCUCACCGAGUGCAGAAGUUGGACCGGAAACGAAAAUGGAGGACGUGCCCGUCACUACAGAAGAGCAGCAAGUGGAGGGCAUCGUACAGCAGCUGGUGAACCAAACGGUACAGAAGGUAGAGGGACCAGAAGCCGUCGUAGAACAGACUCAACCACAGCCACCCGUGGACGAGACCAAACAGGGAAGGUUCCUGGUGUCCACCAUCCAGGACGAAGUGUCCGCUGCUGCUAAAAAUGGGGACGCGGGGGGAAAGCAGGACUCGACGUUAGACUCGGAACGGGACGACCACACGGGACAACAUCCUGCCACUGCUGCUUCAGACAACAAUGCUGCUGAGAAGAUGCCUUCAGAUGACGACGUGUUCAAGAAGCCCCCACCCAUUGACCAGUUGAGAAGAGUGCCUUCGUCUCACACAUUGCAGGAACCCAGUGGAGUUGGUCCUCAACAGAACGGUAGAUUCCAGGUGGAGACGGUCCCCAUGAGUGCAGCGAUGGGUGUGGUGUCAUCCCCGGUGCUGGAGGAAAACAUCCUGUCUACAAGCGGAGAGGGCUUGAACGACGAGGAAAUGAAACUGCUACUAGAAAAGCACAAACAGGAGUUAGCUGAGGUGCAAAUGCGCCAGAAGCAGGAGGUGGAGAGGUUAUUGACCCAGAAGAAGAGACCGGCGCGGCCACACCAACGGUCCAGCUCGGUGCCGCGGAUUCCCAACCCACAGUACAAGUCACUAGGCUACUCUGCGGAGUAUAGCUUUGGAUCCCCAUCAGCCCGCUGGUAUAGCUACUAUACUCUGGAUGACUUUAAUAAGGUGCAGCAGUUGCAGCAGGGUCAGAUGCAGCAGCUGAACCAGGCCCCGGUGCAACAGCUGCAACAGGUGCAGCAGAUGCAGCAGCAGGUGCAGACAUCGGCCGCACAGGAGCCGGGGCCACCCGUUGUACAGGAGACCCAGAGUGGACCAACCACCCCGACCAUGCUGCAGCAGCCGAGGAUGGCAGCCUCCAAGUCUACCGAGUCUAUCAUGAGCACGGUGUCCAGUCAAGUCGAUCUGCAAGCUCAGCAGGGGCAAGAAGCCAAGAAACUUACAGACCACCUGACCAAGUACGCCGACCUGGUGGACUGGGAGAACAAGAAGGGAGCGCCUCCCGUGAUGGAGAAGCUGAGUCUGAACGCCAUCCGGGAGGCUCAGAUCCGGCAGGAGAUGGAGAGCGGCUUCGCCGUGCCGCAGGCCGUGCAGCAAACCGUGCUGCAUUCUGGGUCGUCGUCGGGCAGCACGCCGUCGAGCACGCCCAAGCUGGGGCGGAAGUCGGACAGCGAGGCGCCCUCGCAGAGGCAGCUGUCGAGCGGUAACAUUCCCCAGUAUGCCAUGCCGCCGCCACAGAUGCUGGCCGCUCACCAGCAGAUGCUCGCCCACCAGCAGCAGAUCCUGCAGCAGCAAGGGUUCGCCGACUUCUCCCAGAUCAACCAGCAGACCUUCCCCGGGGCCAUGCACGCAGACUUCACCCAGUACAAUCAGCAGACCUUCCCCACGUCCCAGCCCGUGUACAUCCCGCAGGGCAUGGGAACGCAGCAGGCCUGGGGCGUGGUCCCUCCAUCGGCAAGCCUACCGCAGCAGGCGUACCAACAGGCACAACAGCAGCCACCCUACAGCCACCUGCAGAAGGGCACCAGCAAUCCGCCGUCCUCACAGAGAUAGUAUGCACAGGGCAUCCACAUAUGAUUAACAGGACGAUACCAACAGACUUGUCAUGUGGAUGAAGUGGAUGGAAAAAAAAAGACGGACUUGCACUUCGAAUAAUUCCUGUAUGCAUACACUGUUCUUGUAUACCGAGUAUACCAAACAUGCUGCCAAAUUAAAAACAUGAAUCCAGAGAAAUGGACAAUAUACAUGUAAAUUUGCCUGAGAGAAAAAAAGAAGAAAUAGUAGGCUAGAAUCAACCCUGUUAACCAUUGUAGCUAUGUUACAACAGUGUGAGAAGCACACAGAACUCUAGAGCUGGGCUUGGCCAAAUAAAUACCUCUUCAUUUUGAUAUGUCAUCAGCUAUGUGGAAAAUGUAUACUUAACUGUUUUUUUUUGGCAAUACGUCUUGCUUUCUAGAGAGCUCAGACCUUGUUUCUUUUACUUGUAAAGCCAUAGGUUUCGGUUGUGCUCAAAGAAUGAAGUACCUGCAUGUUAGAUGCUGGUCAACCAUGUACCAUGUUACAGUUGUCGUGUAAGUGGUAACAUUUCUAUGACCCUGCCUUUUUUUGAGGUGUGAGCUUGAGUGUAAGUGACCGUCUGCCUGUCGUGAGUGUCGUGGUUUUUUGUAAACUUGACAAGCUUUCGAAGAGAGCGGAUAGUCCGUGAUGUGGAUGUUUGUCAACUGUCAAGUCAUUUUGACAGUUGCACACUCUAAAGGCUAGCUUGUGGUACUUGAAAAGCUGUAUAGAUUGUCUGAAAGUACUUAAGAAUUGGGGAUAGUUUUCUCUUUAGAGAGAAGCACAAUUUUCUGUCAUGACAUCAAAGAUAUCCCCCCAUUAUGAAGUGUGACGACUUCUUACAGAAUGUGAUGUCAAGUUUGGCUUGAGUUGUGAAAGUAUACUGUUUAACGUGAGCUUUCCCUAAAACGUUUUUGUGUAUUUGAAGUGUAUGCUACAGUCAGCACUGUGUGAUACUGUGUGAUACAAUCUUCAAACACUAGUAUGAAUCUCCCUCUCUACAUUUUUGGGCCACCAAGUGUUACUGCUAUGUAUUCCUUGGAACUUGUUUAAUAGUCACUGACAAUGGCUUGAUCUCAAAUGCCAAGUAAGCUGAUGAUUUUUUUCUUUUAUUUAGCUCAGCAUAAAAAAGAAAAUGGUGGGAGUCACUGUUUCUGUGUUGGCCAAUAGGAGAAGUUGUUUCAUGUUGAAAUGGGCCAAUGAUACGUAACCUUUGAUGGCAUCGUUAAGCAAAUGAGAAUUGGGCGAAUUUUGCGGCCUGGGAAAGUGUUUUGAAGUUGGUUGUUUUAUUAUCCCAGUGGCCGCUAGAAAAUGUCACCGAACAAUUUUGGUUUGCGGCUUUGCCAUCAGCCAUGUGUUUAAUAUUAAAGCGUGUACUCAUUAAUAAUCAAUGCAACAAUGCUGCAACGUUAAAAAUGGCAGCGAAACAUACAAAAUGCCUUACCCUGUACAGCUCAAAUGGGAAAAAUGUGUGUAUUAGGUAGAUAUGGUGCUUUAUAUAGCUAAAUUUGGUAACCAAAUUGUAUGCAAUGUAUAAAGGUGUGACAUGGAUGCUCGA